AUGACAAGAGAAUAUUUUGAGGGUCUCGGCGAAGAAAAGAAGAACCUGUGGGUGUGCCCUUCAUGUGUAUGUUCGCUUCCCAAGGGCGACAAUUCGUCCACCCCCGUGCGCGCGUGUACUAUCGGUACCCAGAAUAAUACCUAUUCAAAGGACGGCAUUUGUAAUGUUAACAUGUCUCGCGGCGGUACGAAGCACGCUAACAAAGCGAAGACCACUGGUCUCUCUUCACCUACCCCACAAUUCGAUAUCACGGGUCAAUUGUUGGAAUUAAGAAAAUAUUUCGACUCAAAAUUAGAGUCUAUUAAAAAGGAUAUUCUGAAUGAGUUUUCAGAUAAAUUGAAUGUUUUUGAGGAAUCGGUGCAACGUAUAAAUCGACAGCAUGAUCUAUUUGACAAGAGGAUGGAAUCGUUGGUUCUGACACUUAAUAACAUAAAAACGGAACAUAACUCAAAUAGUGAAGUCAUUACUAAUUUAUCACAGGAAUUUUCAGCCUUACAAACAAAAAUGACCACCAUUGAAAACGAUAAUAAACUCCUGAGAUCAAAAUUAUCGGAUCUCGAUGCCGUACAGCUGAAUCUGAACGAUGUCGAACAGCGGGCACGAAUUAAUAAUCUUGAAAUUUUCGGGAUUGCUGAAAAGAAAACUGAGGCGUUAGCACCAAUGAUGUGUAAGAUUGCGUCUGUGGUCGGGGUUAAGUUGGCUGAAGAGGAUAUUGAUUAUGCUACACGACUUCCUUCCCGUGUAAAUACCAAGGGAUUGCCAAGGACCGUAAUUGUUAAAUUCAAGUCGAUCUACCUACGAGAUAGCCUCCUGAGCGCGGUGCGGAAGAGGCGCGGCUUAGUAUCCACAGAUAUAGGGCUACCGGGAGAUGGAAAGCCUAUUUAUAUAAAUGAACACCUAACUUCUACCAACAAAGCUUUACUAAAGGCUACCAAGAUCAAAUGUAAGGAGUUGGGGUUUCAGAACGUCUGGACUCGAAAUGCAAAAAUUUAUGUACGUCAACACUACAAGGCGCCCGCUAUUCGUAUAUUCAAAUUAGAACAAUUGGACAGUUUAAAAAAGUGA